AUGGCACAGCAUACUGUGAGAAGACGGAAAAGUCUUUCUGAACUUUUUUCAAAUAGCAACCUUUUAGAUGAAGAAAACAAGGAAAAAUGGGAAGAUGCACAGCAGUUUGAUUGCAGUAACAAAGCAAGACUAGCUGACAAUAUCAUUUCUUUUUCAAUAGUGGCUAGUAUUCAGAAGCAUCCUGCAGCUUCCGUUCUAACAGACAUCAACUUCCCAAUGAAAGGACAGAAGGCAAUGGUGGACUGGGCAAGAAAUUCAGAAGAUAGGGUAGUUAUUCCAAAAAGCAUUUUUACUUCUGUAUCAUCAAAAGAAUUAGAUGAAUCAUCUGUAUUUGUUCUUGGAGCAGUCCUAUACAAAAACUUAGACCUAAUUUUAUCCACUUUGAGAAAUUAUACAGUUGUUAAUUCCAAAACCAUUGUGGUCACAAUAAGGCCUGAACCCAAAACAACUGAUUCAUUUCUGGAGAUAGAACUAGCUCACCUGACGAAUAUAAAAAUUUUGGAAGCCACAUGGAAGGAAAAGUAA